AAGGCUAAGAAGGAAAAGAACAAGAAGCCGCCCAAGGUGCCAGAGGUCAAGGACGACCCCGAAGAGCCGUUUCGACAUCUGCCCGACAAUGAAGCCGACAUCCUGAAGCGCCAGGCCUUGACCCCCAGUCUGAACCAGGGUAUUGCUGCGCUCUAUCGAUACACCACUGGCCUGGACAUCCUCAUCAUGAUCAUUGCGUCAAUCUGCUCCAUCGGUAACGGCGCUGCCCUUCCCCUCAUGACACUGCUUUUCGGCGGCCUACAACAGACCUUCUCCAAGUACACCGUAGGCCUGAUCGACAAGGGCGAACUCAGCUCUGAGCUUGCCAAGUACGUCCUUUACUUUGUGUAUCUCGCCAUCGGCCAGUUCGUCGUCACUUAUAUCGCCACGGUGGGAUUCAUUCACGUGGGCGAGAACAUCUCCAGCCGGAUCCGAGAGCGUUAUCUCGAGAGCUGUCUGAGGCAAAAUAUUGGCUUCUUUGACAAGAUCGGUACUGGAGAGAUUGUCACUCACAUUACGUCCGACACCAACAUCAUACAGGACGGCAUCUCUGAGAAAGUGUCGGUAACCAUAGGGGCCAUCUCGACCUUUGUGACUGCCUUCAUCAUCGCAUUUGCCACAUAUUGGAAGCUGACGCUGAUCCUCGCGAGUGUCAUUUUUGCCAUUCUCAUCAACGCCUCCGUCUUCUCCGGCUACAUGGUCAAGAGCAGCACACAAUCCAUCAUAUCGUUCGCGCUUGGUGGAAGCCUGGCCGACGAGGUUCUCAGCUCCGUGCGGACUGCCGUUGCGUUUGGCUCCCAGGAGAGGCUCUCCAAUCAGUACGACCAGCACCUGAAAAAGGCCGAAUACUACGGCUUCAGGCUCAAGGCUGCCGUUGGAAUCAUGCUCGGCGGCAUCAUGUUUCUGCUCUACAUGAGCUAUGCCCUGGCGUUCUGGCAAGGCAGUGCCUUCCUCCUGCGUGGCGAGAUGUCUCUUAACCAUGUCCUCAUCGUCAUGAUGACUGUCAUAAUGGGCGCUUUCAACAUGAGCAGCAUCGCGCCCAACUUCCAGUCGUUUGCCGCAGCUGUCAGCGCUGCAUCCAAGCUCUUUGAUACCAUCGACCGCGUGUCCCCGAUCAAUCCAGCAAGCGAAGAAGGCGAGACCGUUGACAACGUUCAGGGGAACAUUCGGUUAGAGAAUGUCAAACACAUCUACCCGUCCCGUCCCGGCGCCGUUGUCAUGGAAGACGUUACCCUCGACAUCCCUGCUGGAAAGACAACCGCCCUGGUUGGAGCGUCGGGAUCCGGCAAGAGCACCAUCGUCGGUCUCAUUGAGCGGUUCUACAGCCCCGUGGCGGGUACUGUGUAUCUUGAUGGACAUGACAUCUCCAAGCUGAAUCUUCGCUGGCUCCGCCGUCAGAUCUCUCUGGUUAGCCAGGAGCCUGCGCUGUUUGGCACAUCGAUUUUCGAAAACAUCCGUUACGGCCUGGUCGGGACCGAGUUUGAACAAGAAAGCGAAGAGAGGCAGCGUGAGCUGAUCAUUGCGGCUGCAAAGAAGUCCAAUGCCCACGAUUUCAUCUCAGCUCUCUCCGAGGGCUACGAAACGAAUGUUGGCGACCGAGGCUUCCUCCUUUCUGGCGGACAGAAGCAACGAAUUGCUAUUGCUCGCGCCAUUGUGAGCGACCCGAAAAUUCUCCUGCUCGAUGAAGCAACGUCAGCCCUGGAUACGAAGUCCGAGGCCAUUGUACAGGCCGCCCUCGAGGCUGCCUCUGCCGGCCGGACUACCAUUGCCAUUGCACAUAGGCUUUCGACCAUCAAGGACGCGCAUAACAUUGUUGUCAUGGCACAAGGUCGCGUUGUUGAGCAAGGAAAUCACGACGAGCUGGUAGAGAAAGGCGGCGCUUACUACAAGCUGGUAUCAGCUCAGGACAUUGCUGCCGCCCGGGACCUCUCGCGUGAGGAACAGGAGGCCAUCGACGAGCACCAGGAGGCUCUAGUCAAGAGACAGUCGAAAGUCGAGGAUAGUGAGAUCUUCAGCGCCGAGGAUGACAGCGAGAACAACCUCAACCGAUCGCCGACGCAGAAGUCGGCCUCUAGCAUUGCUCUGCGGGCUGGCACGGCGGAAAAGGAGGCCAAGUACAGCAUCUGGGCUCUGAUUGUCUUUAUUGCCAAGUUCAACCGCAACGAAUGGAAGCGCAUGCUGUCCGGUCUCGUCUUUUCAAUCCUUUGCGGCGGUGCCAAUCCCAUCUCUGCUGUUUUCUUUGCCAAGGAGAUCAUCACCCUGACGGGCGCUCUACUUCCGGAUGCCGAUAUCGAGCAUAUUCGGCACAAUGCAUACUUCUGGGCUCUCAUGUUUGUCGUCCUGGCUGGCGGUACGCUCAUCAGCUACUCUGGUCAAGGGAUUGCACUUGCGUCAUGCUCUGAGCACUUGAUCCAUCGCAUCAGGGAUCAGACGUUUAGAAUGUUUCUUCGCCAGGAUAUCUCCUUCUACGACAGGAAAGAGAACUCGGUGGGCAUGCUGACGGCAUUUUUGUCAACGGAAGCCAACAAUAUCGGAGGCCUCAGCGGCUCUGCCCUGGGGACCAUUCUAUUAACGUUGUCAACCCUCUUCUCUUCAUUGAUCAUGGGCUUGGCUAUCGGAUGGAAGCUAUCACUUGUCUGUUCGGCAACGAUUCCAGUCUUGCUAGCCUGUGGCUUCUUCCGGUUCUACCUGCUCCUUCGCUUCCAGAACAGGGCAAAGGAGGCGUACGCGGCUUCUGCUGCGUAUGCCUCGGAGGCCAUCUCAGCCAUCCGCACCGUUGCGUCACUCACGCGAGAGCAAGACAUUAUGCGCAUCUAUCGCGAGGACAUUGCAGCACAGCGGCGCAAGGGCUUAAAGUCUGUUCUCUCCUCGAGCGCAGUCUAUGGCGCGGCCCAGGGCGCUACGUUCCUCUGCUUCGGCCUCGGAUUCUGGUACGGCGGCACUUUGCUCGCCACCAAAGAGUACGACUUGUUUACCUUUUUCGUCUGCUUCAUGGGCAUCAUAUACAGUGCGCAGUCAGCAGGAGGCAUCUUCUCGCUGGCGCCCGACAUGGGCAAGGCCCAUGCAUCGGCUCUGGCGCUCAAGAAGCUCUUUGACCGAACGCCAAAGAUUGACGCGUGGUCAAAGGACGGCCUGUUCCUGGACGCUAGCGAUAUCCAAGGCACCGUCGAGUUCCGAGACGUCCAUUUCCGCUAUCCCACACGGCCGGAUCAGCCUGUCCUCAGGGGCCUCUCUCUGACCAUCAAGCCCGGCCAGUACGUCGCCCUGGUGGGCGCCUCUGGAUGUGGCAAGAGCACGACUGUGUCGUUGCUGGAGCGCUUCUAUGACCCCUUGUCUGGCGGAGUCUAUGUCGACGGCAAGGACAUCAGUACCCUCAACGUUGGCAACUAUCGGUCCUUUGUCUCGUUGGUGAGCCAAGAGCCGACGCUGUACUCUGGCACAAUCAGGGAGAAUAUCCUUCUCGGCACGACCCAGGAGGACGUUUCGGACGACCAACUGGAGCACGUCUGCCGCGAGGCCAACAUUUACGACUUCAUCGUCUCGCUCCCCGACGGGUUCAACACGUUCGUCGGCAGCAAGGGCGGCCUGCUCUCUGGUGGCCAGAAGCAGCGCAUAGCCAUUGCCCGCGCUCUCAUCCGCAACCCCAAGAUCCUGCUCCUGGACGAAGCCACGUCCGCCCUCGACUCGGAAUCCGAGGCCGUCGUUCAGGAGGCCCUGGACAAGGCUGCUGCGGGCCGCACGACGAUUGCCGUCGCGCAUCGCCUGAGCACGAUUCAGAGGGCCGAUGUCAUUUACGUGAUUGAUCAGGGCCGUGUCGCCGAGUCCGGGAGCCACCAGGAGUUGAUGAGGAAGAAUGGGCGCUAUGCUGAGCUGGUCAACCUGCAAAGCUUGGGGACGAGCUCUUAAGCGUGUAGCAUUAGCGUUUCCGGCGCCAUUGGACGAAAUGCUGUGAAAUCGAUGGCGAUGAUGAUGAUGACACUCGUCCGCUGGUUCUAUCGGCGCUCCAUCAUGGCUCAAGGCUUGUCAAUGGAAGUUCUUGCGCAAGUUACCGUCCUCUGCGCUGAUGAUUGGUGAUACAAGUAAGGUAGAUCUAGGAAAUGGGGCAAAUUCUACACAUAUAUACAACAAAAGAUUCGACAUUGGCUUUCCAUUUAUUUGUUUUUUCUCAAUUUCUUUUCCUCCCAUUUCUACUUGUUUGUUCUGAGCCUGGGUAAAGGAUGAAUGGUCCCUAGGUAGUUUGAGGCAGAGCAUUGUUCGUUUCCCCCUUAUUAGAGUUUGUAAGGCAUUUCCCA